AAUUUUCUUGCGGCCAGGGACAUGAACCGCACGGGCGUCCAACUUGCCACGAUCGACCGCCGCCUCCGUCUGCUCGUCCAGCAGCCACAUGUCGUGCAGGAUACCGCCAUGGACCAUGUCGUCGCUGACUGCACACAUAAACUGUACGACCUCCGACGACAGUAUCGAGCGCUUGUCGCGCAAGAGCUGCAAACCUUGCCGACAAGCCACAAGUUGCACGCACGGCUCUCGCAAUGGAUAACAGAUGACCGCAACGUGCUUUCGAUGGACUUGACAGACGAUGACGUGGACUUCAGCACGCUCGAUGGCUUCCUCCUUGUUGAAGAUGCAGCUUUGCUGGACGAGUUCGUCCAUCAGAUCGCCCAUUCUAUUCACAAGCUUGACAAGACCGCCGCGUCCGCAGCCUUCCUUGCGACUCCUUCCGCGACUGCAGCGGUGGAAAAACCGACCCUCGUGAGCUAGUAUCGUUGGCUCUGUUCCUAUUCUAUUUCGUACCCGCUUUUAACUUAACACAUGGACUCGGUAUUCGUCUUGGCCUUACGCA